AUGACUAAAAACAACCUCCCUAGUAACACUUCUCGCCAGCCCAACAAUCCCAUCACCGAGAUCUCUAUAACCAUCCUCCCCAGCCACCAAGUCCGCCUUUCCAGUCGCCAAAACCUCAUAACCAACACCGCCGGCCUGGCCCCAGGCUACCUACAAGCCAACCUCUUGAUUCUCCCCGCCAAACACAGCCAAGACUUCCACGACCUCUGCCUCCGCAACCCCGUCGCCUGCCCAUUACUUGGCAUCGCCCCGAUCCCAGGCAAUCCUCACCUCAUCCAGCCAGAAGGAUGCAUCACCACGAGCGAAGACUUUGACAUCCGCACCGACUGCCCUUUAUACCGUGUCUACAAGCACGGCCAAGUAAUUGGCUGCUCCUACUCCUUCGAACCCGCCCUAAGCACCGCCUCCCUCCCGCGACGGCACCAAACAACAAAAACCCUGGUGCCCAUGUACCGCACACGCAUCCCCCUCCAUCCGGCGGUGAUCUUCACGGGCGGCUACACCGUCUUCUCCAUGCGACCCUACCCCGCCGACCAGGUGGAGCGGAAUCUGGAUACCCCGGACUUUGGGGACCGGUGUGUUGUGGAGAAGGAGGAGGUUUCUGUUUUCUGGGCUUGUGGGGUUACGCCGCAACUGGCUGUUGAGGCUGCGGGGGAUAAGAUUGAGGGCUUGGUGUUUGCGCCUGAACCUGGCCAUAUGCUUGUUACCGAUUGGAGGGAGGAGGGUUUGCUGAGGUUGAGGGGCAGGAUUGGAAGUUUGAGCCUGUAG